AUGGACAUCAACGCUCUGCUGUCGCCGGACGAUGGCUCUUCUUCUUCUGCCAAGGGCGAGGGAGCUCCGUCGUCGUCCGUGUCGCCGCAGAAGAGUCGAAGCAGCCGCGUGCGACGACCCAGCGGUGGCAAGCGGACUGCCAGCGGAUUAUCCCACGAGGUCUCUCGCUCGCCGGAUCGCAGACCACUCAAUCCCGCCGCGGACCCAGCUCCGCGACAUCAAACUAACAGCACCACCUCACAGCAGAACUACCUCGACCCGUCACGACCACUGAUCGCACAUCGUCCAUCAUCCACUCCGUCGAUGGAAACACUGGCCGAUCUGGCUUCCAUUCAACAACGACAGCAAACGACGCGGACGUAUUCUGCCAACAGCGUCAGCACCCUCCGUGGCUUGGACGCGCCAUCACAACAGCGCCCGCCGUUGCACUCGCACACCAGCGGCACGCCUCCUAUAUCCCGCGGUAUAUCUCGUCAAUCUCUGGCCGACCUCACCAUGGCGGAGGCUCCAUCGCAAACGCCGCCGCCGCGCGACUUCAAGUCAAGUGACCUCUCCGAAGAUGAAUCAAGAACCGUUAGCGAUCUGUUGAACUACCUCGCCGAGAACUCAUACGCCUACGAACAGCACGUUCAGCUCAUUAACCUGCUGCACAAAGGAUUUCUUUCGCACGCACAUCCUUUUGCCGCCUCUCCAGACACUGCUACACCUAGCGCACCCUCUAGCUAUGCACUCCUCAAUGAGAUGCGUCAGGCUCGCGAGGCGAUGGACACUCGGUUCGCCGUCGGCGAAGCCAUCUGGGCCGACUGGCUAGCAGAUGAAGCUCUCUUAGCCAACACCAGUGAUGAACGAAUUGCGAUGACGGAAUUAUGCCAGAAAGCCGUUCAAGACGAGCCUGCAUCGGUCAUACUGUGGAUGAUGUUUGUGGAUUGGGUGACGAGCAAUUAUGCCGCAUGCCACGAUCUCGAGGGCGCUGAGAAUUCCACUUGGACCUCCGAUGACAAGGAGAUGUGUCGAGAACUUUUCACCUGGGAGAUGGUUGUCGGAAUUCUGGAGCAAGCCAUUGCUGCUACCAAAUGGCGCAUCGACAAGAGCCACCUUCUCUGGAACCGAUACGCUCAGAUGGUGCAGGAUCAAUUCCCAUCGAACCCUACAGAGGCCGAUGUCAAGAGCUUGCACAGCCUCUUCCUAGAUCGUUUGCAAGUGCCACACGCGGCAUGGGACGAGACGCGGCAGACCUACUGGCCGAUAGUGUCGCGUUUCGAGGGUGAUGCGUACGAGGCUGUCUUCGAGCAAGUCAAUAAAAUGGCUCAACCCGCACAGAAAGCCAUGAAAGUCCGCGAGCAACACGAAUUCAAGCUGGAGCGCGCGGUACAGUCCGGAGAGCCCUUACAAGUUCAUCGAGAAUUGGAGAAAUAUCUCAAGUCGGAGAGAUUCCAACACAACAAACCUGGUCUGUUCGAUUACGACCUGCGUUGUGGACUUUACGAGCGAGCUUUGCUGUACGAGCCGACAAAUACGGAAUGGUGGCUGGACUAUGUCGACUUUGUUGUCACCUCGCCUGCAGCUGCAACACAAUCUUUGCUUCCCUUGAUUGAGCGAGCGACACGACACUGUCCGUGGUCAGGCGAACUCUGGGCGAGGCGCAUCUUGCAAGCAGACUCGGAGCGAAAGUCGAGGGACGAAAUCGAAUCGACGAAGCACAGAGCGACUAAUGCGGGACUGCUCGACAUUGGAGGCAUGGAAGAGCUGGUGAGAAUGCUGCAAGAGUGGUGCAGCUACCUCCGCCGCCACGCUUUCCGUGCCGGCAAUGCCGAAGAUGACAUCGACACAGCUGAGGUGGGCAUCACAAUGGCGCUCGAAGACGUGCAGCAAGCUGGCGUCAAGAUUUAUGGCAAAGACUUCAAGGGUGAUCCUCUCUGGAGACUGGAACAGAUUCAGCUCAAGUUCUACACUCAGGGGCGUCGAUUCGACGAGGCAAGAAGCUUGUUCCAAAAGCUCGCGAAGACUGUUGGUCACUCGUACGAAUUCUGGAAGCACUACUACAACUGGGAAUUGACCAUGUGGGGAUUCAAUCGCUUCCGCGAUCCUCAAAGGUUUGAAACAGACGACAACGGUCCGAAUGACGCUACAGCUGUGGUGCAGGAAGCUCUUCGUCAGCGCAACGUGGAAAGCCCGGAGAGGAUCCUCCAAUUGUAUCUCGACCAUUUCCGCUUACAUGAGUCGGGCUCCCGACUUCACGCCGCUCUAGUGGAAGGAAGAGAGUAUGCAAACCGACUCGCUGCGACUAAGGCCAAGCAGGCAGAGGAGGCUGCGAGGGUCGCCGCGCAGCAGCAGCAGUACUACGCAGAGACGAUGGAGGCCACUGCGGAAGUGUCCGCACCUGGCGGAGAGAAGAGGAAGCGUGACGACGACACGUUGACCAACGGCGACAGCCACAAGAAGUCCAAGACUGAUGCUGCAGCGACGAGAGUCAGCGAAGAGCCAACCACUCACGUCAAGCGUGACCGUGAGCACAAUACCAUCACGGUGAAGAACUUACCACUCGAUGUUCAGGAAGCCGAGAUCAAGAAGUUCUUCAAGGAUUGCGGCAAUACACCAUCAGUCAAUAUCCUCCGGGACGAGGAGAACAACGCUUCAUCUGCUACAGUCGAGUUCGAGACUCAUGAGGAUGUGCUUGCAGCCAAGACCCGAGACGGAAAGGCCUUCGAAGGACGUGAAAUCAACAUCUCAAGUGGUGUCCAGAACACUCUCUACGUGACAAAUUAUCCCGCCGAGUGGGAGGAGAGCAACAUUCGCGACUUGCUCAAGAGCUACGGCGAGAUCAUCUCCAUACGACUGCCUUCGCUCAAGUACAACAACCGCAGGCGAUUCUGCUAUGUCCAAUUCCUCCACCCAGACAUGGCAAAAGCGGCUGAGGCUGCCAUGGACGGUACGAAACUCGACGCAGCCCAUACGAUCCUCGCGAAGAUCUCCAACCCGGACCGCAAGAAGGCUCGCAGCGGUGCACUGGAAGAAGGCCGAGAACUUUUCGUCAAGAAUUUGGAUAGAGACGCACCAGAAGAUGACCUCAAGAAGUUGUUUGAACCGUACGGCAAGCUGGAAAAGUUCAACUUGCUCCGUCUGAUGAACAACAAGCUCACGGGAUCUGGAUUCUUCACCUACUCCUCCGCCGCGGAAGCCAAUGCCGCUAUUGAGGCCCUGCACAACAAACCUUUCCACGGUCGCAUCUUGAACGUCGCCCUUGCCACGCCAAAAGGCGGUGCUGCUCCAAUCGACCGCGCCAAAGCCGAGGAUGUGAUCAUCAAGCGCACUGGUGGUACCUCAGCUACGCCUGAGCCGAACGGUGCUCGUCGCGACUCUGAUGUAUCGAUGCACUCCGCGCCGCCUGCCGAGAAUCACUCUGCCGCAGAGAUUCGUGCGAGGAAGGUCGCCAUCUUCAAUCUGCCCGACACCGUCAACGAUGCACGGAUCACAUCAGCGAUGGAGAAAUUUGGGCCAAUUUCCAAGAUCCAGCUCAGACGCGAGAAGGAUGGAGCCAUUGUCGAGUUUGUGGAUUCCAACCAUGCUUUCCAUGUCCGUCAGGGUGUCGAUCUGCAUAGUCUGGGCGAGGGCGUCACAAGUGGAGAUGUGGGCGAUUUGCUCGCUAUCAAGAAGCCGAAGAAGGCAGCCGCGGCGCCAGGCGGUGCGGGAGGAGCGACCAGUCUUGCUUUCGUGCCGCCUGCUGCUGCACGUGCUGCUGCCGGUAGAGGUGGCAGGAGAGGCGGACUGGGAUUCAAGAGAGGUGGCGCGGGUGGAUUUGGAGGCGCCGCUGCUGGGCCAAAGAGCGACAGCGUGGCAGCCGAGGGAUCGACGACUGGUGGAAAGAAGAGCAAUGCUGAUUUCAGA